CAUCGCGUUUUGACGCCAUGUCCGCGCGGAGCGAGGAUGACGUCGUUCGCCCACACGAACCUACCGCCGAAUCGAAAAAGCAGCGCAAGAAGAGAGAGGAGGCGUUCGAGUGCAACGUGUGCAACAAGAGACUGGCGACGAGCGGCGGUAGGAGAGAGCACCUCAGGACCCACUCUGGGGAGAAGCCGUUCGAGUGUGUCGAAUGCAACAAAAAGUUUUCGCAAAGCAGUCAUUUGCGCACGCAUCAGCGAACGCACACGGGGGAGAAGCCUUACGAGUGCACCGAGUGCGACUACAAGUGUUCAGACACUGGCGCUCUAGCCGUUCACCUCCGCACCCACACCGGAGAGAAGCCCUUCGACUGCACUGUGUGUGAUAAGAAGUUUUCGCAAAGCGGCGAUCUGCAAACGCACGUGCGCAUUCACACAGGAGAGAAGCCCUUUGAAUGUACCGAGUGCAGUAAGAAAUUUGCUGAUAAAUAUCAGCUGGCCAUCCACAGCCGGAGCCACACCGGAGAGAAGCCUUACGGGUGCAACGAGUGCGGCUACAGGUGCACCACGAGUGGAAGUCUCAAGUCACACCUCCGCUCCCACACCGGGGAGAGGCCCUUCGGGUGUACGGUCUGCGACAAGAAAUUCAGGGCCAGUGGAAACCUGCGCGCGCAUCUCAGAACCCACACAGGAGAAAAGCCCUACGAGUGCUCUCUGUGCAACAGGAAAUUUAGUGAAAGUGGGGCAUUGCGAGGUCAUCUCCGAACCCACACAGGAGAAAAGCCAUUUCAGUGCGGUGUCUGCAGCAAGAGAUUUACCACAAGAGUAUACCUCCGAAUACAUGGACGUAUCCACACAGGAGAGAAGCCGCACGCGUGCACGAUGUGCGACAAGAAAUUUGCACGAAGUGGCAGUAUGCGAAUGCAUAUCCGCCGUAUCCACACCAGAGACAAGCCCUUCGAAUGUUUUUUGUGCCACAGGAAAUUUUCAGACAGGGGGCAUCUGCGAACACACUGCCUUACACACACAGGAGAGAAGGCCUUUCAGUGUACGGUCUGCGACAAGAAGUUUGCGUACAGUGACAGUCUGAGAGCGCAUCUCCGCAGCCACACCGGAGAGAGAGGGAAGACUUUCGAGUGCGCGUUGUGCGACAAGAAGUUUACGCAAUCCAGCAAUUUGCGUACUCACCUCAGAACCCACACGGGAGAACAGCAUUAUAAACACGAAUGCUCUGUAUGCAACAAGAAAUUUCAGACCAGUUCGUGCCUACGCAUACACAUCCGCACCCACACAGGAGAGAAGCCCUUCGAGUGCGGUCUGUGUGAGAAGAGAUUUAGUGAAAGUGGAAAACUGAAAACUCAUCUACGAACCCACUCUGGGGAGAAGCCGUUCGAGUGUGUCGAAUGCAACAAAAAGUUUUCGCAAAGCAGUCAUUUGCGCACACAUCAGCGAACGCACACGGGAGAGAGGCCUUACGAGUGCACCGAGUGCGACAAGAAGUAUUCGAACACUGGCGCUCUAGCCGUUCACCUCCGCACCCACACCGGGGAUAAGCCCUUCGAGUGCAGCGUGUGCAGCAAGAGAUUCAGGCAACAGCCGCAUCUCGACAUGCAUCUCCAUAUCCACACCGGAGAGAAACCUUUAGAGUGUUCUGUUUGCAACAAAAGAUUUGCGCAUUCUUGGACCCUAAGAGCACACGUUCUCCGAGUCCACGCAGACUCCUCGGGAAAGCAAGUCAAAUGUACGGUUUGCGACGGGAAGUUUUGGACGGAGGGAGAGUUGCGUUCACACCUACGUACGCACACUGGGGAGAAGCCGUUCCAGUGUUCUGUCUGUCAGGACACAUUUUCGCACUCCUCCGCGUUGCGAGCGCACCUCCGCCGCCACCACACGGGAGAGAAGCCCUUCGAGUGUCCAGUGUGUGGCAAGACAUUUGCGUCCAGGCGUCUUCUUCAGACUCACGUCCGCAUCCACGCAGGAGAAACGACGUUCGAACGCGAAGCCCGCGCCAUGAAAUGUUCACGUGGUGCCAGAGCGCGGUCAGAUGUCCGCCCCGACGAGUUAGAAGGACCUUACAAGUGUACCGAGUGCGGACGGCUGUUUCUAGACGGCCGUCACUUGUUCGUUCACCUCCAAGAGCAUUUGUCGUGCGAAUAA